UUUGUUGCUAUUUGCUUCCUACACACAUACAAUGAAUAAAGACAACAUACUUCACACUGACACAAACAUAAAAAUCACCUUGUUCUCUGAAGUGAGUGUUGGGAUCUCAGCUAACAGUAUCCUGUUUUUUGCCCACCUUUCCAUGCUCCUUGGUGAGAACAGGCCCAAACCCAUUGACCUUUACAUUGCUUUCUUGUCCCUAACCCAACUAAUGCUGCUUAUAACUAUGGGCCUCAUAGUUCUGGACAUGUUUACAUAUCAGGGGAGAUGGGAUUCUACCACAUGCCAGUCCUUUAUCUAUUUGCACAGAUUUUUGAGGGGACUCACUCUUUGUGCUAUUUGUUCUCUGAAUAUCCUUUGGACCAUCAUUCUCAGUCCUAGAAGCUCCCGUUUAACAAAGUUUAAACAUAAAUAUCCCCAUCACAUCUCAGGUGCCUUUCUUUUCCUCUGUGUUUUCUAUAUGUCCUUUAGCAGUCACUACUUAGUAUCAAUUAUUGCUACCCCUAACUUGACUUCAGAUAAUUUUAUGUAUGUUACUCAGUCCUGCUCACUCCUACCUGUGAGUUAUUCCAGAAGAAGCAUGUUUUCCACACCGAUGGCCAUCAGGGAAGCCUUUCUUAUUAGUAUCAUGGCCCUGUCCAGUGGGUACAUGGUGGCUCUCCUAUGGAGGCACAAGAAUCAGGCCCAGCAUCUUCAGAGCACCAGAGUUUCUACAAAAGCAUCGCCAGAGCAAAGAGCCAUCAGGACCAUCCUGCUGCUCAUGAUCUUUUUUGUGGUUCUCUACAUUUUGGAAAAUGUUGUCUUCUACUCAAGGAUGAAGUUCAAGGAUUGCUCUAUAUUCUUCUGUUUCCAUAUUAUUGUGUCCCAUAGCUAUGCCACAGUCAGUCCUUUUGUGUUCAUUUGCACUGAAAAGUGAAUCAUUAAGUUUUUGAGGACAAUGUUUGACAGAAUAGCACAUAUUUGAUCAUUCAGUGAUGGGCAUGGACCCUGAAUAUAUUCCAGUAAGUUGUAAUCAGAGCUAUGGAUCGUGACAUAUUUGCAACAUUCUUGGGCUUAAAUUCAUAUAAGAAAAUUUUCUUUUUUCUGUUAACUCUGUUUCCUUUGUGUGUGGAUGACAAGUAUAUAAAGGAAGAUUAAACAGCAUGUCUUCUCAGAUAUCAUUAAAGGUUUAGAUUUCUCAGUGUGUUUUUGAAGGAGAUCUGUGAGAGGGCUUAGUCCACCAGGAACAUCUUGAACAUGUACCCUGCCAGAGAGACACCAACAGAGUGAAUUACAAUGACAGAUCUUAGAGGACUCAAAUUGAGAGAGAUGAUGAACAGAGUACUUUACCUGGGGUCAAAAUAUUCAAAUUUAAAGAAUAAAUUAGUCAUACCUAAUUACUUAGCCUUAGUCUCAGUAAACAUCAAGAAAACUGUGGGCUUGUAGCAUGCCUGAAUACUUGAGAUUAAACCAAUACCUCCUCAGAGCAAACUUUGUGCAGGUGAACACAAACACAGCCACACACUUUACACAGCUGAAUACCCUCAAAGAGAAACACAUAUUACUAUCCUGUCUCAGAAAAUCAAUGUGUAACAAGGAGAGAUUGAGCUGUUGCCUCUAUGGAUACAUCACCCUACAUUCUAGUGUCUUUCAUAUGAGAAGAUACUCUUCAGCCUACUGUAAGAGAAGGCAAACACCAACCAUCCACAAAGCCUUUCUCGCUAAUGCUGUCCUGCCAGCAAAAUGACCCAGGGCAACCUGGCAGAAAACUUAUAGGAGUAGCCAACCAGGAUGUGGAUUGAC